AUGAAAAGAAGAAAUGGCUCAAUUGGCUCUGCAAUUGUGAGGGCUAUCAGAAGAAUCAAAAGGGUAGCUGCGAAAGUUGAUGAUGAGCUAGAAAGUCAACAACUUGGGGCUUCUUUUGCUGAUCUUCCAGCUCACAUCAUUGCAGACAUUCUGAUAAGACUUCCCAUUAAGUCUAUUCUCAUUUGUAAAUGUGUUUGCACAAGUUGGAAAGCUUUGAUCUCGGACCCAAAUUUUGCCAAAUUGCACUUUCAGCAAGCCCCAACUGGUUUCAUGAUUCGGGCCACGGCUCCGCAUUUAGUGUCAAGAAUCCUGCACCUUCUUGAGUUUGAGCCUGAAAUGAUUGAAAAUGAUGAUGAUGGCGAAUUUUGUUGCUGUAAGAGCUUCUUUAUUCAACCUGAAUGCAACUGUCACUUGAAGCUUGAACAAAAACUCAAGCUUCCUCUUCGUGGUGUUAGACUAGUUUUGGACAAAAGAGAUGAGAACGAGAAAAGGGGAAGACAGAGACAAUAUAUUUCUAGUAUGGCAGAAGAUGAUAAGUUUACUGUGGUGAAUUCUUGUAAUGGCUUGCUAUGUUUGUCUGAUUUGGAUGGUAACUAUUUUGUUGUUUGCAACCCAAUUACUGGUGAGUUCAUAAGACUUCCAGACGGUACUAGAGUUGAUAAUACUCAUAGCAUUUGGCAGUGGCGCCAAGAAAAAGAAAAAUACUGUGGUUUUGGUUUCCAAACCAAAACUAAUGAAUAUAAGGUGGUAAGAAUAUUGAACAGAUAUUCGGGUUUGCAAAUGACUAAGAAAUUUAUGGCUGUUGAAAUGCACACACUAGGAACAUCAACAUGGAAGAAUGUUGACGUUGAUCCUAGGGAUUUUCAAUGGCUUGGAUAUCCAAUGAAUUUUAAAUUUCUUGGAUUUCCUACUUGUGUGAGUGGGGCACUUCAUUGGAUUUGGAUUGGUUUUGAUCACAGUGCAAUAUUGUGUUUUGACUUUGGAAGUGAGAGGUUCCAAUCCUUCCCUUCCCCUCCCCAUUUAUUUGAUAGGAAGUAUGAUCCAAGGAAUAUCACGAUGGGAGAGUUAAGGGGCUCUCUUUAUAUAUGUGAUUCAUCUUCUUCAUCUUCUCCUGUCAGGAUGUGGAUUAUGAAGAAAUAUGGUUUCGGAGAAUCAUGGACUAAGAUUUUUAGCAUAGAUACGGUGGGCAAAGACCGCUGGCCUUUUGGUGGUUUAUAUUGGCCAGUAAAGCACUUAAAAAAUGGUGCUGCUAUAUUGAUGUAUCAUUCCAGUGAUUGCUUUAUCUACUAUGAACCUGAAAAGUAUGGAUUCUUAUCAAUGCAUGAAAUGGAUAUUAAAUGA